AUGACGACCACGGACGAGUCCUGGAUGCAAAAGAAGCUCGAAGCGCCGAUGCCAUUGAUCGGCAUGUACGUCGCCGUCGCCUCACUCGCCUGCUCCCUCGCAAUCGCCGCCGACCUCAUCCACGCCAUCCGGUCCCAGAAGCUCUGGUUCCCCUCCAACUACUUCUCCCUCAACGCCACCAUCCUCGCUCUCCUCUCCGUCGCGCUCAAGCUCCCCGUCGACCUCACCACCAGCAUGACCGCCGCCAUCGACCGCCUCGCCAAGAUCAGCAGCCUCGCCCUCACCUCCACCGCCGUCGCCAACUUCGUCCCCUCGCUCGGCUCCAUGACCGACCGAGACAUCCUGGUCAACGUCGCUGCGUUGACCAUCCUGAUCUUGACCGUCCUCGCCGACUUCUUCAUACAGAUCUCCGGAACGUGGUCGUGCCUCGGCCACCGCCUCCUCUUGCCCGAGGAGAUCCUCGCCCUCGGCCUCAUGCUCCUCCUCGUCCUCGUCCUCGUCUCCACGGCCGCCAUGGCGCCCACCGCGAAAAAAUGCCUCGAGACGAAAUAUCAGGAGAAUCACAACCGAUCCGCGAGCGAUGAAUAUUCCGAUAAUGAGGAGCUGAGGAAACUGAUGGAAAAGUAUUGGGUGAUGGCGGAGACGAGCAGCCCGCAGUUUGUGAUUGCGCGCUACUCCGCCUGCGCUUCCGCAGGCGUCAUCUGCCUCGGAAGCGCGCUUAUCCUGGCUGAGGCUAUUGUGCGCACUGCGGUGGCGCAUAAUAGCCUCAGCCAGACCCGCUCCAGCUACGGCUGCUCCACGGAAUGGAUUCUACUAGUGCAGACCAUCGGAGUGAUUUUCGGCACGAUUUUGACUUCACUCCGAUGGUUCACGGCCGUCCGAUUCGGAUGCUCUGAUCAUAGAAGCUUCAGGAUCCAAUUCACAGUCGAGGAUUACUGGAUUCGGAAGCUUCUAGACUGCCAGGAUUCUCCAAUUCAUCCACUGAUUAAGCACCAAAGAAGCAGAAGAUUUCUCUACAACUUGAGAAAAUUCAUUGUAUGUGUAGUUAUCAAAGCUCAGAUCUCCAUUGUUCUGUUCAACAAGCUGGUUUUAGUAAUCUCACGCUGCGUUAUCCAGAAGAUGACGGCGGUUUCCGUCUGCGAAUAUUUACCGAACGUGAGGCCUCAUUUUCUCCGCCUCGAGGGGGAGGCGGAUUUGCCGGACUACAUGCUUCGGAGCAUCCCGAAGCAGGUGGAUAAAGUUCUAGAAGCUUCUAGAAAGAAGAAGCCUACGAAGCUAAUCGAAUUUACUCGCGAUUCGACCUUCAGAGGCGUGGCGGAAUUCGACAGCCUUGACGUUGAAAGCAUACACGGGAAGGACCCGAAGUACUGCUGGUCUCUUGCUGUGUUCACGCUGGCAUCCAUUGCUGUCGCGCUGCCUCGUGUCGAAAAAAGCAAGGUCGAUCAGAUCGUGAAAGUUGUAAGCGAUGGCCUUCUCUUGGUGAAGAGCGUGGAAGAGAGCUUUUACAGCGGCGAAGAGUGGAAGAAUGCAAGGAAAGCUGCUGACUUGUGGCUGAGAGUCGAUCUGUUUCGAAAAUGGCAAGAAAUCGACCUAGCUGAGAUCGGUGCAAACAGUUCAACCAGUAAACACGCGCUGGAGAGGCUAGCGCGUGAGGGCAAAACGGUGGCGUCUGUUUUGAAAACAGACGUGCCGGAAUGCCCUAUGUUCAACCCUGCGAACUGGGAGCCGAGCAUCAUCGCGGCGAACUCGAUGUACAGGAUCAGCAGCACCGCGAUUUUGAACGGCUGGGAUGGGGAGGAGUUGUUUGAUCGGUUGAGUAGGAUGAUCGCGGACAUUUUGGCGGCGUGUUUCACCAAUUUAGGGCGGGUGAUAGAGAGCAAGUGUCACCAGAAAGGGAUUGAGGAGAGAGAGAGGAGCGUGCGGCAGGCUGCUAUUCUGUUGGGGAGAAGUGAAGAGAUUCUCACUAGUUCAGCCAAUCGCGGUCUGCCAGCUGGAUUGAAUGCGGCUGCUGCUGCGUAUGUUGAGGAAUGGCGGAGCGUGAUGCUGCAGGAGAUAGGUGAUGAGUCCGGGCGCAGUGCAGAUGGAGAUGGAGAUGGAGGAGACGAGUUUGGAGGCGAUCACGAAUGCAGUGUUGGCUGCGGCUCGAGUAAGGACGAGCAUCGGAUCUCUAUCUAUAGUCCCUAA